AUGCUCUUUCGAUCACUCGAACUGCGCAGCGCCAAAGAUGUACGGUUCCUCAAGGACAUUGUCAGCAGCCCCGGAUUUACCGCGUCAUGCCUGUCCGAGUCCAUCAAGUGGAUAUAUAUCCGCCAAGAAGCUACGGGAGCAAAGCCCUGGCUUCAUCAUGUCCAUGGACUUUCAACUCGACUCCAGAAUACAACAUUCGUCUGUCUCGUCGAGAAACAUGCAGACGAUACUGCAUCAACAGCCGGCCGUUGGGCCCCAUUCGAGUCGAUACCCACCGUCACUCCAUCCUAUGUCCGACUUUCCACUCUCACUCUUCGCAAUGUUGUAUUCACGAGCAAGACCGAGCUCGUACGGCUCGUCGACAAUUUCCCCACGCUCGAAUACUGCUUUUGCGAGCGACUCACCUUCCUUGACCCGUCACCGGCUGUCCGCCCACGCAGACUUCGCCGACGUCCUCCACCGGCCCGCCGCGCCUUCCGCUGUCGGAUAGACGACUGUAAGGACAUGGUGACUCCCAUUCAAGUGGCACUUGCUGCAGAUAUCGUGGCGCCUGCCCGCCGCAUGGGCCUUGAUGACAGCACAUGGGACACCACCUUUCACAGACUGCUUGCAUUGGUACCAAAUGAACCCGGAGACGCGUUUGUGUACGGCGUUCCAAAUCAAUCUAUUCCUAACAUCAUCGGCGCUAGCGUUAGGGUUUGUCGUUCAAGUGUGGGCCAGGAUGCGGGAUCUCUAUUCGCGCAUAUCGAUAGCAUUGCUCUCGAACUCCAAUUUAUCGACGUCGAAGUUGCAAACAACCUCGCUUGGGACGGCUUGCGACCCGUCAUUGAUUCCCCGCACAUGCGCUGCCUUCGUAUCGUUCAUGGCGGGCCGGAAUACCACGACUUUGUGGUCGCAAAGAGAAUCUUGUGCUCUGUGUUGCGCCGCGCGCAGCUGACCUGGGCUCUCGAAUCAGGCAAACUACAAUUCGGGAGUCGCUGGUACGCGGAGAAUUAUGUUACGAGUGCAGACAUUUUGUUGGUACCGACGGAGCACACCAUCGACGGCAUCAUGAUCACUCUCGACAUCACCAAACAAGCCGAGUGGUUGCUGCGCCCGGUCCACUCUCGUUUCGAAAAGGAAAGAAAGGAAACCAGGGAGCAUUACUUACAAAAGCUCGUAAUGAACCGCACGAGUGGAGUAUCCAUGGACGCAGUCCCAGCGAUCAUACCGUCCACCGCAGAUAGCGCUCAAGGCUCGGUGGUCGGGCAGAUGUGGGAAGCGGCGGAGGGCGAUGGGCCGGGAGACGAACAAGAUGAGGAAAGACCGGCGUCAGUGACGACAGCAUAUAGGGGAGAAGGUGUAGGAAAAACAUGGGCAUUGAGCGCAGGUAGGAUGUGUCGUCGACGGAUCGUUGCGACUGCGCGGAAAUUUGUCAAUUUCAUGGCUUCUGCCUCUCUCUGA